AUGUUGCAGGACAUCGCCCAGUCCCACCACCUGCAAGACGAGAUUGACCAGCUUGAGGCCCGUCUCCUCGACAUGCGUACACAACUCGCCACAUCGAAGUUCACCAGCACGUGCCCGACAUCUCGCUCGUCCUGGAUCAAUCAAGAUGCCCCUUGGAAAGCAUCCACAGACCUGGAUCAAUCCCACCUGACACGCUCACAAUUCCACUCGGACUCGGUCCGCACCUCAUCACUACACGCGCUUCUCCUGCUCUCCGACUCUGCCCUCCCACUCGGCUCAUUCGCAUACUCCAGCGGGCUGGAGUCCUAUCUGGCCCACAACAAAUCCCUCCGCGCCAACCCUCUCACCUCCUUCCACCGCUUCCUCAAACUCUCCAUCGCCUCCCUCGCCAGCACAUCCCUCCCCUACGUGCUCGCCGGUUAUCGCGAGCCCGCCACCCUGGAAACCCUCGACAAUGACCUCGACGCCUCAACACCUUGCAUCGUGGCCCAACGCGCCAGCGUCGCACAAGGCCGCGCCCUGAUCGGAGUCUGGGAACGUGCAUUCCGCAGGAGCUUCGUCGGGCCGGGCCCGGGUCCUGCCGCAACGGACACCGGCGCCGGAGUAGCCACCGCCGCCAUCGAGGACUUUUCCGAAUCCCUCAAGCUCUUCUGCGAAGAUCAGGACGAGUAUGACCCCGGGCCACAGGGCCAUUUCGCGCCCCUGUGGGGGGUCAUGUGUCGGGCCAUGGGACUCGAUCUGCACCAGGCGGCGUAUAUCUUUGUGCUCAAUCAUGCCAAAGCGGUUCUGAGCGCGGCAGUGCGGGCCUCGGUCAUGGGUCCGUACCAAGCGCAGAAUAUCCUGGCCAGUCAGACGUUGCAGGAGACGAUCAUCGAACGAAUCGAGCGCGAGUGGAAUACGCCGGUGGAAGAGGCGGGCCAGGUGGUGCCGGCGCUGGAUCUAUGGGUGGGGCGGCAUGAGUUGCUGUAUAGUCGUAUCUUCAACUCCUAG